GAAUGAGAUGAUAGACAAUGGCUUCCCUCUAACAAAAGAGCCAAACAUUUUAAGAGAGAUGAUAGCUCCACCAAAUAUUGUCAGCGAGGUUUUGAAUGUGUUAACUGGUAAUAGUUCCAAUGUAAGUGAUACCCUCCCUGGUGCAACAGGGUCUUGGGUUCCAUGGAGAGCAGCAGGUCCAAAAUAUGCAAACAAUGAAGUUUAUGUUGAUCUUGUCGAAGAAAUGGAUGCAGUUACAAACAGGUCAGUUCUCUGAUUUGGCUAUAAAAUUCCUUCUUAUUAACAUUGUUCUUUUUGAUUUAGGUUUUAAGUUAAUGUGCAAUAGUUGAAGGUCUCACUUGUUUAUAUUGCCUGGUUUUACACUCAGAGUCUUGAGCAACUUUCUUUUGCAUGUGCUGUUUAGGGAUGGGGUGUUGGUCAAACGAAACUUGAAACCACAUUAAAAAUGAAAAUUUACAUAACCAAAAGCAUGGAAUCAUAGUUAUUAAUAGCAAAAAGUUUAUAAAAGUUCAAACAAAAAUCUUAAAACCAAAACAAAGGUUUCACUCAACUUAGAAAUAGUAGAGUUUGGUUAAUUCCAAAAAAGUAUAGUUAUUUCAAGACAUUUUCAAUUUUUCUUUACUACAGUAUAAUUACCAUAUAUAAAGCGCUUUCCUUGUAAAAAACGAGAUUCAUCCAUUCCCUUCUCUGUUUUUCUUCCUAGCCAUUUUCCCCUGUGAAGGAAGGACACAAAUCACUCUCUCGAAGCCUCUUAUCCUCCACAAAAGAAUAAAUAAAAGAACCAUCUUUUACAAGUUAUUUUUCAAUCUCCUUGUUCAACUCACUAAAAAAAAAAAAAAUCAUGCUUUACUCUUCUCUAUCUCCGUAUCUUUGUUGUAGUUUCAGUUGUAGAUUAUGAACGCCAUCAAUUUCCUCAGCAAUUCCACCAUGAAGCUUCCUUCCAGGGUCCUAAGCCUCAGGAACGCAUCGUUUUUGGGGUUCAGACAUUCGUUUAAUCCCCCUUGUUGUCAACCUAUGCUUAGCUGCAAUAGCAAAGCUUUUCUGUUGAAUUUCAAUCACAAGUCUCAAUUCCACUCCUACCCUUCUCCAUUCCUAAGCUUUCAACGCGUUAUCAACAAAACCCAGAAGUUGAAUUGCUUACCAAGUAUAGGUUUUGCUCAAUCGAGGGCGGUUUUGAGGCCUUAUGGUGUCUCUGUUAAAGCCAAGGUAGCCUCAAUGGUAAGGGAUCUCUCAACAUCGCUUGAAACCCGCGUAAACGACAAGAAUUUCAAGAGAAUUUACGUGCAAAACGGCAUCAAUGUGAAACCACUAGUCGUUGAAAGGAUUGACAAGUAUGAGAACAUUGUAGGAGGAGAAGUUCCUCGUACUGAAGAUGAAAACAACGUAAAGAAUGUUGGGGAGUGUUUGCAGGAGGGAAAAAGUGGAAUUUCAGUUGAGAGCGGCAUUGAAAAGGAGGCAUGGAAUUUGUUGAGAGAUGCGGUUUUGACGUAUUGUGGGUCCCCUGUUGGUACAGUGGCUGCAAAUGAUCCAGGUGAUAAGCAGCCUUUGAAUUAUGAUCAGGUUUUCGUUCGUGAUUUUGUGCCUUCGGCUUUGGCUUUCUUGCUUGGAGAAGGAGAGAUUGUCAAGAAUUUUCUCCUCCAUACCUUGCAGUUGCAGAGUUGGGAGAAAACUGUCGACUGCUAUAGUCCUGGACAGGGUUUGAUGCCGGCAAGUUUUAAGGUUAGAACUGUACCUCUUGAUGACAAUAAGUUUGAGGAAGUGCUAGAUCCUGAGUUUGGUGAAUCAGCUAUUGGUCGUGUUGCACCAGUGAACUCUGGAUUGUGGUGGAUUAUAUUGUUGAGGGCAUAUGGGAAGAUCACUGGUGACUAUGUAUUGCAAGAGAGAGUGGAUGUUCAAACUGGAAUAAAACUGAUCCUCAACUUGUGUUUAGCUGAUGGAUUUGAUAUGUUUCCUUCUAUGUUAGUCACUGAUGGAUCCUGCAUGAUAGACAGAAGGAUGGGUGUUCAUGGUCAUCCCCUUGAGAUCCAAGCUUUGUUUUAUGCUGCUCUACGUUGCUCUCGGGAGAUGCUCACUGUAAACAAAGGUUCCAAGAAUUUGGUGAGGGCCAUCAACAAUAGACUCAGUGCAUUAUCGUUCCACAUCAGAGAAUACUAUUGGGUUGACUUGAAAAAAAUCAAUGAGAUUUACCGAUAUAAAACAGAAGAGUACUCCAUGGAUGCUACCAACAAGUUCAAUAUUUAUCCCCAAAAAAUUCCUUCAUGGAUUAUGGAUUGGAUACCUGAAGAAGGCGGGUAUCUAAUUGGCAAUCUAGAGCCAGCUCACAUGGAUUUUAGGUUCUUCACACUUGGGAAUCUCUGGUCCAUUGUUGCAUCGCUGGGCACUCCUAAACAGAAUGAAGCUAUUCUGAACUUAAUCGAAGUCAAAUGGGAUGUUUUUGUGGGGCAUAUGCCUCUCAAGAUAUGCUAUCCUGCGGGGGAGAAUGAGGAGUGGCGCAUAAUUACUGGCAGUGACCCAAAGAAUACCCCUUGGUCCUAUCAUAACGGUGGAUCUUGGCCGACACUUCUUUGGCAGUUUACUUUGGCAUGCAUCAAGAUGGGCAGAUUAGAACUAGCCCAGAAGGCAGUUGCAUUGGCAGAGAAGAGGCUUUCAAUUGACCGUUGGCCAGAAUAUUAUGACACCCGAAGUGGGAAGUUCAUUGGAAAGCAAUCUCGACUUUAUCAAACCUGGACAAUUGCUGGUUUCCUGACAUCUAGAAUGAUGUUGGAGAAUCCAGAGAUGGCUUCCUUGUCAUUCUGGGAGGAGGACUACGAGCUUCUUGAGAUAUGUGUUUGUGCUCUUAGCAAAAGCGGCCGGAAAAAAUGUUCUCGUGGUGUUGCUAAAUCUCAGAUACUUGAGUAAUUGAACACCAUUCUUUGGAAGGCAGAGAGCCCUUCUUCUACCGUACAGCCACAAGUUUUGUAUUAAGCAAUUUUCAAUCCUUAAACAAACAUAUACAGUUUUGUAUAACAAACUAGUGUAGUUGUUUGGCAUUGAAAGUAUAAAUGACUGUCAGUGAUCAACACAAGCUAAUAUUAUUUGGAAGAAAUGUAUAAUCUUUGAUUUUCAUUCUACUUCUUAUGUAUAUGUAUAGCUGAAGCCUCUGCCUCAAGUGAUGAAGGUAAAAUUAAACCCUCAAUUACUUACCUUGUUCAUUAGUUACUCAAAAGUAGUUCAAAUUUAGAGAAAUCUAAUCAAGAUGAAACAAUUCA